AUGGCAGUUGUACACAGUUGUUCUGGCUUCGCCAAGACAUGGGGCUACGACGCCGAAUUGGCGAAAGUCAUCGUGUUGGCGAGCAGCGCCUCCAUGGCCCUGAGCUUUGAUGCGGACGCCCAGGAAGUUCGGUUCCAGAUCCAACCGCUGAGCGAGGAAGAGUGCCAGCAGGAGGAGGUCCAGACGUUCCUCAAGCACCACGGUGGAGCCGUCGCCGUCGAGCACAAGUCGGAACUCCUCCACCUCUCCGGCGGCAACGUGGGCAAGUUGGAGGACCUGGCGCAGGCCUUGCGGACCAAGACCUUCGAGGAGGUCCGGCUCGAAACCAUCAGCGCGCAGGAGGAGGAGAUCCUGCGCUUCUUCGGCAUCGAUGCGCAGGGCGGCUUCGGCCCAGAAAAGGUCCUGGCUGCCAAGGAGGUGGCCCGCCGCGUGGCGGACGCCCCCUUUGAGCAGUGCGUAAGGUCCGUGGACUUCGCUGACCGUUUCACCAGCAAGCAUCUGGCACAGGCGGUGAAGGCUCAAGGUGCCCACUGCAUCUAUGUCAAGGCCACCACUAAGGCGGCUGAGCGGUUUUGUGCAGCGUCGCCAUCCGUGCACGCUCUGCUCAAGCAGAAGACCGAUGCGCUUGAAGCCAACACGAAGCCCAAACGCCGAGGAAUGUUUUGA